AUGGAUCAAUGGUUCAGUCAGAAAGCCAACGCCGGUGAGAAGGCCUUCCAAGAAAGCACCAAAAUUCUCUCAGACUAUCUCUCCAGCACCACAGACACCCCACCCGCAACGACUGCAUCAGCAAUCGUGACCUCUGUCAACGCCUCAUCAAAACCCGCAGAUACCGGCUUCGAAGUCACAAAUCUACUCCUAGACACAGUCGCACAAUUCUCCACCUCACACGACCCUAUUAUCGCCCUCCUUCCCGCCAUCCGCGCCAUACCCCCCACCCCAAACCCAGUCUACUACCACCUCGAAUCCAUGCACCGGGAAAACUAUGACGGCAUAUCCGGACUGCGAUAUCUCUGGAAACCGGAAGAUAAGCAAGCGACCACUACGCCGGGUGACAGAUGGGUUAAUUAUAAUGUCUUCACUGCCAAAUUGGCCACCUCUGGAUACAACGACGGGUAUUUCAUGUUCGGCUUCUUUUGCCUACGCGAGACGCUCGAGACGAGCCAGCAAUCAAGAGAGGCGGAAUUCGAGAAACACAUCCGCCCUACUUUCCUCGAGCGUUCCGCGAUUGAUGCCAAUGAACUUCUCAACUACGACCUCACAGCCGCAGCUCAAUGGGUCAUCAUAGGCGGACGCGAUAUGUAUCGCUUGGGCAACUCAAUCUUUGGCGAAGGUUUGCAGAGAGGGAUAGCGGUGCACACGGACCUUUGGGAUGGAAACCCGGGUUUUUCGUUGGGAAGAUGGAGGUGUUGGUGGGGGGGAUUCAAGUGGUUUGCGGAACAAUCGCACGUAAAGGAGGAGGUGAGGGUGUUGUGUAGAGAGGCGAUUGACGCGAUUGCGGAUGCUAUCUUUGCGAAGGUGGAUUGA